UGGCGAGAAGCAGAGAAUUGGCAUGGCCCGCAUGUUCUACCACAGGCCCAAGUACGCCCUCCUGGAUGAAUGCACCAGUGCUGUGAGCAUCGACGUGGAAGGCAAGAUCUUCCAGGCGGCCAAGGACACAGGCAUUGCCCUGCUCUCCAUCACCAACUGGCCCUCCCUGUGGGAGUACCACACACACUUGCUACAGUUCGAUGGGGAGGGCAGCUGGAAGUUCGAGAGGCUGGACUCGGCUGCCCGCCUGAGCUUGACAGAGGAGAAGCACCGGCUGGAGCAGCAGCUGGCGGGCAUUCCCAAGAUGCAGCGGCACCUCCAGGAGCUCUGCCAAAUCCUGGGCGAGGCCGUGGCCCCAGCGCACGUACCGGCACCUAGCCCGCAAGGCCCUGGUGGCCUCCAGGGUGCCUCCACCUGACGCCACCAUCCCCAGCCCC